GCGAUCAUUCAGCCGCCGGUGUACCUCCUCGGUCUGAUCGCCAACAUCAUCAACAUCAUCAUCUACCUGAAGCUCAAGCUCAAGGACAGCAUCACUAUGUGCUUCUUCGUGCUCUCGUGCUCGGACCUGAUGUGCGUGCUGCUGCUGAUCGUGGAGGACGCCGCCAUGAUGUUCAAGGAGAUCCUCUGGGAACGCUACCAGGUCGACGGGAAAGGCCUGUGCUGGCUGAUGGCGUUCUACUACGGCUCGUUCUACGAUAUCUCCCAGGGCAUCACGACGUUCAUCGCGGUGCAGAAGUGCUGGUGCGUGGCGCUGCCGUUCCGCUUCAAGAACACGUUCACUACGAGACGCACCACGGUCAUCUUGACGGCGAUUUCGCUGAUGUUCUUCACGCUCUACAUCCCGAUUUUCGCGAGCCAGGGGCUGCCCGGCGAGUUUGACCCGGCUACCAAUAAAACUCUUUUCAAAUUAUGGACGUCGGAGAAUCGGGGCGUGAUAUUCUCGGCUGUAGGGCUCGUGGCUUUAGUGUUUACCACCACGUGUCAGUUCACAGUCAUAUUCUGCGUGAUCAUUCUUGCCUCGAGUUUACGCGCCUCCUCGAAAUUCAGGACGUCCACGACGAUCUCCAGCAUCGAGCAGAUUUCUGAACUUAAAAGUAAAAGUACGAAAUGCGACAAUAAGCGUUCGAAAAAAUUUGGGAUUCCCGACAAGAUGAAUCUAAAGAACCGAGAGCCAGACUCUAACGAAGAAAUCGCGGAGACAACACAAUCAGAUGUCAUCACGACUAGGGAUGCGGAUAUCAAGUCUGCCGCUCGCCCGGUUAAGACGACCUCUAGUAAAGAAUUACAAGCGAUAAAGUCUACGACGUUUGUGGCCGUCUUGUUUGUCUCGUGCAACACGUUCAAACUUUUGAAUUACUACGUCAUCCUGUGCAUCCCCGACUACAGCCUGUACGGCGUGUAUGAGAACACUUACCUGAUGACCAACACCUUCAGGAUCCUGGCGGAAUCCCUGCACGUCUCGUGCAACAUGUUCGUGUACCUCACGUUUAACACGCGGUUCAGGUCGACGCUGCUGUCCAUGUUCGGAGUUGGCCUUAAGUAA